AUGAAAUCAAUUGUUUCGUGGUUGCGACGGCGCGCCAAGAACUUGAAGCCUGCAAGAGAGGGCGCAACUGAUGGCUUGAGUCGCCUCCCACUGGAGCUCCACUACCUUGUGCUCGAACAUCUCGGGCCUGAGGAUCUCGUGGUGCUACUAAAUGUGUGUCGUUCAUGGCGUUACAUAUGGCUGAGCGAUGAGGUCUGGCAAUGGCUGGCAAUGCGCUGGCUCCCCGGCCUCCAAGAGCACAUUGAGGACUGCGCGGCGCAUGGUCAAGAGAGAGGGGAGAUUUUCAGGCGUGUAUUGGUCAAGGACCUCUUGCGCAACCAUGGGCUUUUCUCGUUCUCUUCAUAUCACAGCUUGGACCUCGAGACCAACCGAGUUUUCAAGCUCAGCAAGGCGGUUCCCGUCGUCGAUGGUGGCAUUCACCAGUAUAGGGACAUACGAGAGCCUGAAACCGAUCUAGCACGCUUCGCGAGGUUCAUGUUGUACAACUCUGGAAGGAUUGCUUGGUGGCCAGAGCCGUAUGCCAUACCCUAUGUCGCCGUUAUCGACGAUCUUCGGACAAGACAUCGCAGAGUAUAUUCCUUUCCAGGCCACUGCGGAGAACGAGCUGGCUACCAGGUCGCCAUGGGCGAUCAGCUUUUCAUCAUGGGCAAGGAGAGGACCUUGCACGUAUGGCAUCUCGGUACUGAUUCACAUCAGCUGAUUGAGCUGCCUUAUGACUUCAAGCGUUGUCUUACUGAGGGAGACACCAUUCUGGUCAUCGCCAAGAACUCGGCUGUCUAUCUCUUUGAACCCGGCCAAAAGCUUCGGCAGAUCGACAUGUCCGAUGUUUACAAACAAGCACCAGUGACCUGGGGCGAUCAAGGAGACUUCGUGCCCGGAGCCUUGGGAUCCCAUCGCGUGGGGCUCUGGUUGGGAAAUACAAAUACAGCCAUCGACUUCAUCAUUCAUCCCACGAGGAAGAAUGUCUUUUUCGUUGUGACCUUGACAGAUGGGUCUAUGACCGUUCACGAAGUUAAUGAUGGCAAACUCGCCACUUCUUACACUUUGGGAAAUCAAAUGCUCUCUCGUCGUGCUCUCGAGCUGUCCACACAGCUACGUUGGGAAAAAAUCAAUUCCAGGGGAGGUUACAACCUUCUAUCGAUAUAUCCACAACCUACCUUCAGCCCUAAUGGGGUUGCUGAUCUGGAAGAGCUCUGCCACGAGAUAGACUGCCAGUGCCAAAGGGUGCCAUUGGGAACAUCGCUUGUGCACACUCUCGUGUCCGUUUGUUUCAACAUCUACACCAAAUGCUUCCAUGUUCUGCGUCAUGAACCAUCCAGUUCUUACGAACCAAGAACAUUCCACAUAUGGAACGAUCGGCUUCUGUGCGCGCACGGUGUGAACUGUGACACCAGUUGCCAUGUGGCCUCAUUCAAGGGUGGUGCUGAAGCAAGGCGUCCGAGAUGCAUGAGCGCUAUACCGUUCUAUUCUCCUGACCGAGCUUCCAAAUCUGCCGAGACAACCUUGGCUAAAAGGCGUCGGCGUCACCAGGAAGAGAUGCUGGAGUGUGGUCUCUCCAUGAUCAAUUCGCCGUACUGCGAUAUCGAGUAUCUCUUGGAAAGCAAGCGUGGAUAUUCUCGACUCAGGCCACCACCACAAAACAUGCCUAGGCUUGUUGGAGACGACGACUUUUUGGUGUUCUUUCAAGACGAGAUUUAUAGCGUCUGGAUGUUUGGAGAUGUCGCCUUUAGGCCAUAG